CAUUAUCUCACUAACACAAUUAUAUAUGCAUGUAAAAUAAACGAAAACAAAAGUAUAACACGCUUAAAUGAAUUAAUUGUCUUUAUAUGUGUUGCAGCCCAGAACAGUUUAAAUGGCAAUCUAUGUCCUCCACUUGGAUUAAGGGUACCAUUUGAAAUUGCUAUUAUACAAGCAGCGAAGAAAUUGUUCGGAUGCACUUACUUAGAGCGCAAUACGAGUAUAAGCUCAGCUCCAAUAUUUAAUUUGUGGCUUGAACGUCCUGUGAUAAUCGGCAAACAUGGACAUUGUAAAAAUGUUAAUAAUAUGGACCACUUUCUUUUUGAGUGUGUAUCAAAAAGGGUACCGACUACGAAUGACGAGAUUGAUAAAGGCUGGACUUAUAUAAUUCUGUUAGAUCAUACUAAUUCCAACUCAAAUAAAAAUUACAACGACCUGGUAUACAGAUGUGCAGUGUACGAUGUGCAUGAUGGUCGUGCUGAGGGAGUAAAAAUAAUUCGGAUGGCGAUCAGCGCGCCAAGCCGAGGCCAAUUUAACAAAAGUCAAUGCCAAAGUCUAUCAAAAACUAUGGGAAAAUAUGACCUACCAGAGAUUCCAGAGGGGCGGCGAACUUGGCCUGAUGGGUCUAUGUAUUUGUAUUUGGUUGGAAAGCCACCCCGUGAUGAACCCCCUAAAAAGAAAGACGUAAUCGUUAAAUACCCUUCCAGUCGUCAAACAACUACAACGAAACCUAUAAUAACUUCAAGUGAUAAGAAGAAUGCAAUAACAACAACCACAACUACAACAACAACAACAACUGAAAUGCCAGAAGAUUUUAAUUUUUAUGUGGGCCAACCACCAGAAUGGUAA